AUGCGUGCGAUAUUAAAAUGUAAACAAAGAGGAGAAAAUGUUGGUGGGGGUAAUUCAGCAUUCAGCACAUUCAGCGCCUCUCCAGCAGCUGUUUUUCAAGGAGAGGGAGUAGAGCUGUCAAAAAGUAGGGGAAAAUUGUUCAAAAACCACAUCAUCCAGGAAAAAUGUUUUUGUGAAGAAAAUUUGGGAAAAAGGAAGGAUUCUUGUGUGAAAAUAAUGCAGCUAAGUGUGCAAAUAGUUCUUCUUCUAUGGCUCCAUGUUGGAGUAUCGCUGGAGCCGGAUCUGAAGGGAUUUGACGACAAUAUUCUCUACAAAAUCAACUGGCCAGGAAAAAUUGAUGACUUGCAAGAUGCCGAGCGGGCUGAACCAAUGUUUGUUACCACGAGUAAAAAAGAAAAGUACCGAUGCAUGAUUCCACCGAUUCAGACGGUUGAGGAUACGGAUAAUUCGCCCUAUAUGGGUCCAGCCCCAUUGGAUCUCCUGAUGCCCCUUUUCGCCUCCGCGCAGUGCUCCAUUCGCAUUGAGAGCUACUGGACGUAUGAGGUGUGUCACGGGUUGUAUGUGAAGCAAUUCCACGAGGAACGCGAUGGGAAGUCCGUAAAGACGCAGGAGUAUCAUUUGGGACGAUGGGAUUGGAAGAAUGAGGCACUGCGGGAGAAAAUAAUGCAGGCAGAGCAGGAAAAGGGUGAUACGCUGCAGUACAAGAAGAUAGACAGCCUCAAUCUGCCGUACUUUGAGCUGGAGAUGACCGAUGGAACCAUUUGUGAUAUCAACAAUGAGCCACGCGUCACAAAGGUCCUGUACGUGUGCUAUGCUCACGGGAAGAAUGCCAUCUACUCCCUCAAGGAGACUUCAACGUGCAACUACGAAAUGAUCAUCCUCACGCCCAAUUUGUGCUCACAUCCCAAAUUCCGGCCACAGGAAGCAGGUGACAACAAUAUCAAUUGCUACCCCGUUGAUGGCCCGGCAAAGCCUCGAGAUCUUCUCGCAAUGGAAGUGGAGAGUAUGAAAUUGCGCUACCAGAAGCUCUCGGAUGGCACCCUGAGGAUGGAGAUUCUGCAAAAUGAUUUCGAUGAGGAUGAUUUGAGUGCCGCCCUGGAGGGUACAACGAAGAAGAUUACCAAGACUACGGAUACAAUUACAGAUACAACACCCGUUGAGGCUUUCCUUCAGGGCAAACACUGCCUCACAGGGGGAACUGGUUGGUGGAGGUAUGAAUUCUGCUAUGGGAGGUAUGUGCGACAGUAUCAUGGGGAUACCUCACUUAUUUUGGGCUUUUUCGAUGAGAAACUCCACCGUGAAUGGAUUGAGAAGCAUCCCCACAAGAGACCGAAGCCAAAGAACGUCCGCACGGAGCUCACGCAUUUCUAUCAGGGUGGCAGUGAGUGCGAUAAGACGGGUGAGAGACGUGAGACGGAAGUUAAGCUAAAAUGCCUGGAGAAUGCAACAUCCAAGACUUCCGUAUCUCUCUACCUCCUCGAGCCGCAGACGUGUCAGUACAUUCUGGGUGUGGAAUCCCCACUAAUCUGUGAGAUUCUCCAAAAGGCUGACGAUGAUGGGCUCGUGGCGAGUUUAGUGAGUCAGAAAGCCCCCGAGAAGGGUGAUGAGGAACACAUUGUGGGGAAUGCCAUCAUUGAGGACAUCGACGUGAGGUUUGAGAAUGACUGAAGAGCCGGAAAAAUGAGUGAGUGUAAAUAAAUUUUCUCAUAACUUAAAAAA